CUUUUAAUAAUUUCAUUAGGAACAAAUAGGUUAAUAAAAUGCUUCGUUACUUUCGAUAUGGACCAUCAAAAUGGAGGACAUAUUCACAGAGCAUGAAGAUCAACCAAUGUUUAAAUAGAUUUUCAGAAUAUGAUAAGACUAAGUUGAUUUCAUGGUCAUCGAAGCGAUCUCUCUAUUGCAACGUCUCUAAUAACAACAGUUUCCAAGCUGCAGGGCUUAGUCUUCAACAGUUUGACGAUGCACAGUCACAAGGAAUCGCAAGACUAAUUGAAGCAUACAGGGUGCAUGGUCAUAAAAAAGCAGAUGUUAAUCCACUUUACAAAACAAGUCAAAAGAGUGAUGUUGAAGAAUUGAGGCCAGAAAAUUAUGGACUUGAUAUGAAUUCAAAUAUCACUCUGAAUGGUGGAACAACAAUUAGUAUUUCAGAUCUUAUUUCUCAUUUGGAACAUGUUUUCUGUGGGUCAAUAUCUGUUGAAACAUCUCAACUAGAAUUUUCUGAUGAAAAAGAAUUCAUUUGUCAAAGCAUUAAUCAAGCUCGUUAUGAAGAAAUGGAUGAUAAGAAGAAAAGAAAUCUUGCUGAGCUACUGAUUAAAUCUCAGGGUAUAGAUCAUUUUAUCAAUAGCAAAUUCAAAACUGUGAAACGGUACGGAGGUGAAGGUGCUGAGAGCGCUGCGGCUUUUUCUGACGAAAUUUUCAGGUUUGCGGCGAAGGAUGAAAUAGAGCAAGUUAUAAUAGGCAUGCCCCAUAGAGGAAGAUUGAACUUAUUGGUCGGCCAACUAGACUUACCUCCAGAGGUUUUAUUCCGUAAAAUGAAAGGUUUGACUGAAUUCCCUGAAGAAGCCUCGUCAUAUUCUACUGGAGAUGUUAUCUCUCAUUUAACAUCAUCAACUGAUCUUGUGUAUGAUGAUAACACAGUCCAUGUUACUAUGCUGCCUUGCCCUUCACAUUUAGAGGCUGUUAAUUCUGUAGCAAUGGGGAAAUGUCGCGGAAGACAGUUAACGCAAACUCUAGGGAAACAUUCAACAGAUGAGUUUCCUAUUGAUGGAAAGAAAGCAUUGUGUUUCCUAAUGCACGGUGAUGCAGCUUUUGCAGGGCAGGGUGUUGUAGCUGAAUGUUUUAAUAUGUCGAAUCUUCCUCAUUUCUCUGUUGGUGGAACAAUACAUCUCAUUGUUAAUAAUCAGAUUGGUUUCACAACACCAUCACAUCAAGGAAGAUCAUCAAGAUAUUCUAGUGAUAUCGGUAAAAUAAUUGGAUGUCCCGUUAUACAUGUGAAUGGAGAUUAUCCAGAAGAUGUCGUUAAAGUUGCAAACAUUGCAAUGGAAUAUCGGAAAAAGUUCAAAAAAGACAUCAUUGUGGAUUUGAUUUGUUUUCGACGAUGGGGCCACAAUGAAAUUGAUGAUCCUUCAUUUACUCAACCAAUCAUGUAUCAAGAAAUUGAAGCUCGGCAUUCUGUACCUGAUUAUUAUGCUCAGAAACUUGUGGAAUCUGAAGUUAUAUCUUCCGAAGAAGUCAGUCAAUGGAACGAAGAACUUCAAUCUAAAUUUAACGAGCAUUUAAAGAACACAGAUUCAUACAUUCCUCCUCGUACUUUUCUACAUGAACAAUGGUCAUCAAUGAAAAUUCCACAAUCGUCGGAAUAUACUUUGUGGGACACAGGAUAUCCAGUUGACAACUUAGCAUAUAUUGGAGUAAAAUCUGUUGAAGUUCCUGACUCACUGGAAAUGCAUUCACGAUUAGUGAAAAUGUAUGCUGAUGUUCGCAGAAAUAAAAUGGAAACUGGAAAUCCUGUUGAUUGGGCAACAGCAGAAGCUCUCGCUUUUGGGUCUUUGUUGCAACAAGAUUUCAGCAUCCGACUUUGUGGUCAGGAUGUUGGCAGAGGAACAUUCAGUCAUCGUCAUGCUGUCGUUGUUUGUCAAGAUUCUGAAAUAAUUCAUGUUCCACUCAAUCAUCUGAGUGAAAAUCAGACAAGUCAAAUUGAAGUUGUGAAUUCUCUUCUAUCUGAGGAAGCAGUUCUUGGAUUUGAGUAUGGAAUGAGUGUUGAGAACCCAAAUAGACUUGUUAUAUGGGAAGCUCAAUUUGGAGAUUUUUUUAAUGGUGCACAAAUUAUUGUUGAUACAUUCGUGAACUCUGGAGAAGCGAAAUGGCUGACACAAAGUGGUCUUGUUAUGUUAUUACCCCAUGGAUAUGAUGGGAUGGGUCCAGAACAUUCAUCUUGUAGAAUUGAGAGGUUUUUACAAGGAACAAACAGCAAAGAGGACGGUAUUGAUGGAGAUGACGUCAACAUUCAUUUCUGUAAUCCCACAACACCAGCUCAAUAUUUUCAUUUAUUGCGAAGACAGAUGAUAAGGAAUUAUAGAAAACCACUUGUUGUUGCUUCACCAAAAACACUCCUCAGAUUACCAGCAGCUACAUCUUGUCUGUCAGAAAUGGGACCCGGUACUCAUUUCAGACCAGUAUUGCCAGAUCCUUCAAUAAAAGAUCAAAGCAAGCUUCAAAAAGUGAUAUUUUGUUCUGGCAAGCAUUAUUAUACACUCGUAGAAGAAAGAGACAGAUUAGGCUUGAGUGCAACUAUUGCUGUUAUUCGUGUGGAAGAAUUGUGCCCAUUCCCUGCUCACGAUAUAAGGCAACAGGUUGCAAAUUUGCCAGAUGGUAUUUCUUAUAAAUGGGCACAAGAGGAACCAAGAAAUAUGGGUGCUUGGAAUUUUGUUUCGGCUCGUUUUGAGAAUAUACUCGGUAUUAAGCUGGAGUAUGCAGGGCGACCUGUACUUCCAACACCUGCAGUGGGAGUUGGAAAAGUACAUAAAGAACAGGCAGAUCAAAUUUUAAUCGAUACAUUCAAGUAGCUUCGGAAAGGGAAUGCUUUUUUAUUUUGUAUAAUCUACUGAAUUUUUAAAAUCACGAUGAAAUUUACCUGAACAUUCACAUUAUACUGUUGAACUUUUUCAACUAAUUCUAUGUAUAUUUCAAAGUUAUGUAAAUGGUUUAUUUGCUAGAUUAGACUUUUUUGUCGUGAUGUGCCAAUCCCAGCUGAUUUUGUUCCGUAGUGCUUGUCAUACACAUUGUUACUGUAAAUGGAGUGCAAUAGAAUCUAUGCUUUGGUGUUCAAGUGUAUUUUUAAAAUAUAUUUCUUGUUAAAACUAUGUGAA